AGAGGCAAAGUGUGCGCCCGCCUUUCACCCGGGAGCUGCACUCAUCCCAAUUCAGUCCGGGGAGACCUGGGCUCCCGCGCCCCCGAGUUGGGGGAGGGCGUCGCGGGCCGGGUACCCGGGGUUCGCGAGUCCCGGCCCCUGGCGUCCAGCGCUCCCUAGUCCGCGGCCCUGGCUCCUGUCCUCACUUCCUUCCCCUUUUGGCUCCUGUUCUCGGAGCGAGCGGACGUGGGGGGGAGCGGAAAGGGCGGGAGGGCCCGGGAGUCCGGCGGAGGGGGGCGCCGGGGGUGCGGAAAAGCCGCGCGGGGACUCGGUCGGGGGCCGGAGACCGACGGGGACGCGGCCCGGGACGCGCGCUGCCCCCAGCCCGCAGCAGGCCCCGGUGUCUGUCUGGGAUGAGGAGGAGGAAGGUGCUACAUUCACUGUCACCAGCCGUCAGUAUCAGCCUCUUGAUCCCUUGGCCCCGACACCUCCCCCACGCUCCUCCCGAAGGCUGCGAGCUGGCACCCUGGAGGCCCUGGUCAGACACCUGCUGGAUGUUCGCACCUCAGGGGCUGACAUGACAUUUACAUCAACUUUUCUGGCCACCCACCAGGCCUUCACCUCCACACCUGUCCUGCUACAGCUUGUGAUUGACAGGCUAGAAGCCCUGGAAUGUCAUUCUGCCGACGAACUAGAGAGAACAAAAGGGGUAGCCAUCUCUGUACUGUCAACCUGGCUGGCCUCUCACCCUGAGGAUUUUGGCUCUGAGGUCAAGGGUCAGCUUGACCGCCUUGAGAGCUUCUUGCUUCGAACAGGGUAUGCAGCAGGGGAGGGUGUUGGGGGGGGCAGCGCUGACCUCAUCCGCAACCUCCGGUCCCGGGUGGACCCCCAGGCCCCCGACCUUCCUAAGCCCCUGGCCCUCCCCGGCGAUCCCCCUGCUGACCCCACGGAUGUCCUGGUGUUCCUCGCUGACCACUUGGCCGAACAGCUGACCCUGCUAGAUGCGGAGCUGUUUCUCAAUCUGAUCCCCUCUCAGUGCCUGGGAGGCCUGUGGGGUCACCGAGAUCGACCAGGACAUUCCCACCUCUGCCCAUCUGUUCGAGCUACUGUCACUCAGUUCAACAAGGUGGCAGGGGCAGUGGUCAGCUCUGUCCUGGGGGCUACCCCGAUUGGAGAUGGGCCUGGGGAGGUGACCAUACGACCACUUCGUCCACCCCAGAGGGCCCGGCUCCUGGAGAAGUGGAUCCGAGUGGCAGAAGAGUGCAGACUUCUCCGAAAUUUCUCUUCAGUUUACGCUGUUGUGUCAGCUCUACAAUCCAGCCCCAUCCACAGGCUCCGAGCAGCCUGGGGGGAAGCAGCCAGGGACAGCCUUAGAGUCUUCUCCAGCCUCUGUCAGAUUUUCUCUGAAGAGGAUAAUUAUUCCCAGAGCCGGGAGCUACUUCUUCAGGAGGUGAAGCUGCAGCCCUCUGUGGAGGCGAAUUCUAAAAAGACCCCAAGGUCUGUCUCCCGGGGUGGGGGUGUGGUUCCCUACCUCGGCACCUUCUUGAAGGACCUUGUGAUGCUGGAUGCAGCCUCCAAGGAUGAGCUGGAGAAUGGAUAUAUCAAUUUUGACAAGCGCAGAAAGGAGUUUGCUGUCCUUUCUGAAUUGCGGAGGCUCCAGAAUGAAUGUCGCGGCUAUGACCUACGACCUGACCCUGAUAUUCAGCAGUGGCUACAGGGACUCAGGCCACUGACAGAGGCCCAGAGCCAUCGUGUGUCCUGUGAUGUGGAGCCACCUGGUACCGGUGACACUCCUCCCUCACGUGUGCUUCGGCCAACACUGGUCAUCUCACAGUGGACAGAGGUUCUGAGUUCUGUUGGGGGUCCUACACCCCUUGUCUCCUGGGACCGACCCAGUGUUGGCGGAGAUGAAGUACCAGAAAGCCCUGCUCCUCUACUGACCCGGCUGGCCCAGCAUAUGAAGUGGCCAUCUGUCUCAUCUCUGGAUUCCGCUCUUGAAAGUGCUCCAUCCCUGCACAGUCCCGUUGAUGCCAGCCACCUCUCUCCUCCGGCUUCCUCUCCUAGGCCUUCUCGAGGCCAUCGGCGCUCAGCCUCUUGUGGCUCCCCACUUAGUGGGAGUACAGAAGUAACCUCCAGGGGGACUGGAUAUGGAGUUGGGGGGUCCGGGCCUGGGUCCUCUGAUUGCCGAAUCAUCCGAGUCCAGAUGGAACUGGGGGAAGAUGGCAGUGUCUACAAGAGUAUUCUGGUGACAAGCCAGGAUAAGGCUCCAAGUGUCAUCAGUCGUGUCCUUAAGAAAAACAAUCGUGAUUCUGCUGUGGCUUCAGAGUAUGAACUAGUGCAGCUGCUACCAGGAGAUCGAGAGCUGACAAUCCCACCUUCAGCCAAUGUUUUCUAUGCUAUGGAUGGAGUCUCACAUGAUUUCCUCCUGCGGCAGCGGCGAAAGCCUUCUACUGCUACACCAGGCCUGACCAGCAACCCUUCUGCCUCAGGAACUCCCCCAAGUGAGGGAGGAGGGGGUUCCUUUCCCAGGAUCAAGGCCACAGGGAGGAAGAUUGCCCGGGCAUUGUUUUGAGGGAAGCCCUGGUGGCUCACAGAACUCAAGGUGGCCUUAUCAGAAGUGGGUAGUCAUUCUGAAUAGUGGUAGUUAUGUCACAUAGGGAAGAAAUCCAGAUAAAUGCCAUCCACCCUGGGGCAGUGAAGUGCUGUUAGUUUACAAAUAUCGAAAGAUCCAGUACUGUGGGAAUGGGUGAUCUUGGUAGCCAAGUAGGGUAUCUGUGUAUAGCUCUCCCUACUUUCUAGAAAUGUAGCACAUUGCUAGUGUUGGAAAAAGGAGUGUCUGAUUCCUGAUCACAUCCUAGCAUGCUAAGGGCCAAGGAAAGCCUAAAGGCUCUGAGCCCUCAUGAGAGGGGAUGGCAGUCAGUCAGUUCUAGUAGGAAUUUCUUGUUUUCUAUUCUGGAGGUUCCUGUCACUGUGACAACACUAAGAUAAUAAAAACACUACCUGAAUUCUA